GUGGGAUCCUCGUCAGGCAGCAUCAGGACCACAAGCAUCUCCAUCGGCGUUGUCCUCCUGACGUCACGGAUGCUUUUUAGUGCGCAAACCGAAUAGACGAUCUUUGUCCGACCAAAAAAAAGGCUCCCGUCCGCGGUGUGGGGGUGGAGGGAGGCUUUUUUUUUUUUUUUUCCCCUCCGGUGAUGCUCACCGCCCCCCGGUGGGAUGCACAUCAGUGUUUGGCCCUGCUCGCUCCCCGUCGUCAUGGCCGCGCUGUACCAGGGCACCGACGCCUCCUCUCCGGAUAAAUUCCUGGCCCUGAAAGACGUGAGGGAGGUGAAGGAGGAGACCACCCUGGACGAGAAGCUCUUCCUGCUGGCCUGCGAGAAAGGCGACUACUACAUGGUGAAGAAGCUGCUAGAAGAGAACCGCCACGGGGAGAUCAACGUCCACAGCGUGGACGUGCUGGGCCGAGACGCCAUCACCAUCGCCAUCGAGAACGAGAACCUGGACAUCCUGCAGCUCCUGCUGGAGCACGGCUGCCAGGCCACCGAUGCCUUGCUGGUGGCCAUCGACUCUGAGGUGGUGGGAGCGGUGGACAUCCUCCUCAACCACAGACCCAGACGCUCCUCCAAGCCCUCCAUCGCCGUGCGUGCUCCACUCCGACCUCUUCUCUCGCCGGGGCUCCCCUUUCAUUGUCCCGUCUGCUCCGCCCCCUUGCAGAAGUUGAUGCAGCGCAUCCAGAACCCGGAGUACUCCACCACCAUGGACGUGGCGCCCGUCAUCCUGGCAGCGCACAGGAACAACUACGAGAUCCUCACCAUGCUGCUGAAGCAGGACAUCUCGCUGCCCAGGCCGCACGCCGUCGGCUGCGAGUGCACGCUCUGCAACGCCAAGAACAAGAAGGACAGUCUACGCCACUCCAGGUUCCGGCUGGACAUCUACCGCUGCCUGGCCAGCCCCUCCCUCAUCAUGCUGACGGAGGAGGACCCCAUCCUCAGGGCCUUCGAGCUCAGCACGGACCUGAAGGAGCUGAGUCUGGUGGAGGUGGAGUUCAGGAACGACUACGACGAGCUGGCCAAGCAGUGCAAGAUGUUCGCCAAGGACCUGCUGGCUCAGGCUCGCAACUCCAGAGAGCUGGAGGUCAUCCUCAACCACACGUCCAGCGAGGACCCCGUGGACAAGAGGGGCCUCCUGGAGGAGCGCAUGAACCUCAGCCGCCUCAAACUGGCCAUCAAGUACAACCAGAAGGAGUUUGUGUCUCAGUCCAACUGCCAGCAGUUCCUCAACACGGUGUGGUUCGGCGAGACGGCCAGCUACCGGCGCAAGCACACGUGUCUGAAGAUCUCCACCGUGCUGAGCGUGGCCGUGCUGUGGCCGCUGCUCUCCGCCUGCUACCUGCUGGUGCCGCGCUCCCGCGUGGGCCAGGUCAUCCACACGCCCUUCGUCAAGUUCAUCAUCCACAGCGCCUCCUACUUCACCUUCCUGCUGCUGCUCAACCUCUACUCGCUGGUCUACAACGAGGGCAAGAAGAACACCAUGGGCCCCGCGCUGGAGAUGAUCGAUUACCUGCUCAUCCUCUGGAUCAUAGGAAUGGUGUGGUCGGAUGUGAAGCGUCUUUGGUACGGAGGUCUGGAGGACUUCUUGGACGAGUCCAGGAACCAGCUCAGCUUUGUCAUGAAUUCCCUUUACCUGGCGACCUUUGCCCUCAAGAUUGUGGCCCACAGCAAGUUCAAGAAUGUGGAGGAAACGGAGAGGAAGAACUGGGACGCCUUCCAUCCCAUCCUGGUGGCUGAAGGCCUGUUUGCCUUCGCCAACGUCCUCAGCUAUUUGCGUCUGUUCUUCAUGUACACCACCAGCUCCAUCCUGGGCCCGCUGCAGAUCUCCAUGGGUCAGAUGCUGCAGGAGUUUGGGAAGUUCCUGGGCCUCUUCCUGCUGGUCCUCUUCUCUUUCACCAUCGGACUGACUCAGCUCUACGGAAAGGACCAGAAAGAUGUGGAAAAGAAGCCGCCCAGCAACUGCCAGGGCAUCUUCUGCCAGCAGCAGAGCAACGACGCCUUCCACAGCUUCAUGGGCACCUGCUACGCCCUCUUCUGGUACAUCUUCUCUCUGGCGCACGUGGCGCUCUUCGUCACACGCAUCAGCUACACGGAGGAACUGCGCUCCUUCGUGGGCGCCAUGAUCAUCGGGACCUACAACAUCGUGGUGGUGAUCGUGCUCACCAAGCUGCUGGUGGCCAUGUUGCACAAGAGCUUCAGACAGAUCGCAAACCACGAGGACAAGGAGUGGAAGUUCGCCCGGGCCAAACUGUGGCUGAGCUACUUUGACGACAAAUGCACGAUGCCGCCUCCCUUCAACAUCCUGCCCUCGCCUAAGACCGUGUGCUACCUGCUGACCUCCAUCAGCAAGUGGGUGUGCUCCCACACCUCCAAAGGCCGCGUCAAGAGACAGAACAGCCUCAAGGAGUGGAAGAACCUGAAGCAGAAGCGUGACGAGAACUACCAGAAGAUCAUGUGCUGCCUGGUGCACCGCUACUUGACGUCCACGCGGCAGAAGAUGCAGAGCACGGACCAGGCCACCGUGGAGAACCUCAACGACCUGCGACAAGACCUCUCCAAGUUCCGCAACGAGAUGAGAGACCUGCUGGGCUUCCGGACCUCCAAGUACGCCAUGUUCUACCCGCGGAGCUAGAAGGGUCCCGGACUCCGACCAGGGAAGUGACUUCACUAUUUAUCUGCUUUUUGUCAACACAUCAAUAAAUAUUGGAUGUCUUCACCCA